AUGGCAAUUCGGCAGGGUUAGGGUUAGUAGGGAUAAGUUAACACCGAACUAUAACGCUGUCCGUUCGUAUAAUGGAUGGAGUUAGUGUUCACUUAACCCUGGCAUAUAAACAAAUCCGAAUCGGUGUCUUAUUUUUCUCAAUAAUAUAAACAAGAUUUAUUAUUGUAAAAUCUUAAGCAAUUGCUAGAAAAAUAGAAUUCGUUUGAACAAUAUCAAAAAGUUGUAAACAUGAUAAAAUUGUACAGGAUAAAAUGAUCCGAAUUCGUUUAUAUGCCAGGGUUAAGUAAACACUAACUCCGGCCAUUACGAACGGACGGGGUUAUAGUUCGGUGUUAACUUAUCCCUACUAACCCUAUCGCUGCCGAAUUGCCAUUACAAACAGACCCCAGGGCAUUACAAUUUAGGGCUUUUUUUCACCACUCACGGCGCUUGUGAAGCUUUUGUAUGUAAAAUCUAUAUAAAAAAAAUUUUUACAAGCGCCAUCAGUUGCAAAAAAAAGCCCUAAAUUGUAUAAAAUUUGCCCUGUGAAUACGGGUACGGAAGCCCGGUCCGGCCAUUCCAAAAUAUUAUACAUGGUGCAGGAAGCGGGGUAAGGGGCAGUAACUUUAAGAACAAUCACGAUGAAACCUUGGAUAUUUUUGCUGAUUGAUUAUUAAAAGAAGAAAUUGCUGAGAAGAUGUCAACAACACAUUCAAAAAUUCCAGUUACCAUUGACAGUCAGUUGAAAUUGAAAGACAUUGAAUGUAAAUUAUAUUUCGUAUUGUCAUCUGAUAAAAUUUGUAUGGGUGUUCUUGAUGUUGAGAUAUUGUUUUAUUAUAAAGAGUUGCAGUGUCAGGAUGAUAGUAAUUUGUCAUGUAAUAGUUGUGAUGUAAUUGGAGGUGUUUGGAUGACGAUGAAGCUUGUUGAUCUUGGACCUUACAAAAAGACAGAUCUACAAACUUGGGAAGAUAAUUUUAGAGCAUCAAUUCUUGAUGACAGGUUGACUUACAAAAUUAUUGAUGAACUCGAAGCAUGGAAAGAACGUCACCAAGAAAUUUUUUAUAUUGAGUUGAAAAAAAAAGAAAAAAGAUAUUUGAAUAGAUUAAGUGAAGAGUGGAAGGAACCAAAAGAAGAAUUAGAUACAUUACAUUCUUUAUCUGUUUUUCAAGGACAUACACAAGUUGUUACUUUAAUUAAUAAAAUAAACAAAAAUUGGUUUGAUGAAUUAUGGGGUUAUUUCUAUUAAUGUAAAAUGAUUAUUUAAUUACUAUUAUUUCAACUAGAAAUAAUGUACUACCAGUUUCUUCUUUUAAUAAUUAACCAGCAAAAAUAACUAAGAUUUCAUCGUGAUUGUUUUGAAGAGAAAAAAAACAACAUGAAAACAAAUUAUGAGACCAGUUAUUAUCCAUGAACUUAUCAACAAAGUAACAACUGUAAAUGCUGAAAUUUUAAAAUGAUUUGUUGCAACGACUAAAUUAACUUCUCCAAUAAUAUCAAACUA